CGUAUCUUAGCAGCCUGACACUCAACGGCCGCCCUUCUCCCUCCUUAUUAGUACUGUCAUUUUGACUGUCCCUCAUAGUCUGUAGUUCUCCACAUCGCUUCGAGAAGCUACAAAAAAAUUCCCACUCUCUCUCUUUUCGAUCUCGUUUUCAUAUUUAUCUCUAAUGGCGACCAAGAAGAGUGUGGGUUCUCUGAAGGAGGCUGAUUUGAAGGGGAAUAGGGUCUUCGUUAGGGUCGAUCUGAAUGUCCCUUUGGAUGAUAACUUGAAUAUCACCGAUGAUACCAGGGUUAGGGCUGCUGUUCCCACGAUCAAGUACUUGAUGGGUCAUGGUGCCAAGGUUAUCCUUUCAAGCCAUUUGGGACGUCCCAAGGGUGUCACACCCAAAUACAGCUUGAAGCCUCUCGUUCCUAGACUCUCUGAGCUCUUGGGAGUCAAGGUGGAGAUGGCUAAUGAUUGUAUUGGUGAGGAAGUUGAGAAGUUGGUGGCGGCCAUCCCAGAUGGUGGUGUUCUCCUCCUGGAGAAUGUUAGGUUCUACAAGGAGGAAGAGAAGAAUGAUCCUGAGUUUGCAAAGAAGCUUGCCUCUCUUGCAGACCUAUAUGUGAAUGAUGCAUUUGGCACUGCUCACAGAGCUCAUGCUUCCACAGAGGGAGUUGCAAAGUACUUGAAGCCCGCUGUCGCUGGAUUCCUUAUGCAGAAGGAACUUGACUAUCUUGUUGGAGCCGUGGCCAAUCCCAAAAGGCCGUUUGCUGCUAUUGUAGGUGGCUCAAAAGUGUCAUCCAAGAUUGGGGUUAUCGAGUCAUUGUUUGAGAAGGUUAAUAUCCUUGUGCUGGGUGGAGGAAUGAUCUUCACAUUCUACAAAGCCCAAGGAAUUUCUGUUGGAUCCUCCCUUGUGGAGGAAGACAAGCUCGAUUUGGCAACAUCACUUCUUCAGAAGGCCAAGUCCAAAGGUGUGUCUGUUUUGCUGCCCACAGAUGUGGUUGUUGCAGACAAAUUUGCUGCCGAUGCUAAUAGCAAGGUUGUGCCGGCAUCUGGCAUCCCUGAUGGUUGGAUGGGGUUGGACAUUGGACCUGAUUCUAUCAAGUCAUUUAGUGAAGCUUUGGACACUACCCAAACAGUCAUCUGGAAUGGACCAAUGGGGGUGUUUGAAUUUGAGAAGUUUGCUGCUGGAACAACGGCAAUUGCUAAGAAGUUGGCAGAACUCAGUGGUGGAAAGGAUGUGACAACAAUCAUUGGAGGCGGUGAUUCAGUUGCUGCUGUGGAGCAGGCAGGACUUGCUGACAAGAUGAGCCACAUCUCAACCGGUGGAGGUGCUAGCUUGGAGCUGCUUGAGGGCAAACCCCUUCCUGGAGUUCUUGCCCUCGAUGAAGCCUGAAGCGACUCUUGUGAGAAAGUUCCCUGUUUGAGUUCAUCCCUUUUGGUGAUGUUAUUUACCGAUCAUUUUUCUUAGAAUAUUGUAAUAGGAUCAAACUAGAGCUAAUGAUAUAGAGGCUGCGGGUUGAAUUUGAAUAAGAUGGUCUUUUUAGGCACGAUUGAUGUUUUGUCGCCUGUGGGCUAAAUUCUUAUUGGAUCAGUGUUAAUAUAUCUCAUUUGUGUUUGGACAGGUGAGAUGAAUGAACAGACUUGUAGAGAACUUUCAUACCAAGUGAUUAAUCUCUGGUUUUGAUUUCA